AUGUCUUCACCGUUCUACAAGCUCGUAGGCAAGACUUGUAGCGACCACCAUCAGCUCUUUGGGCUGAUAGCUCGUAUCGGCGAGUCACCUAUCGCCACCGCCGCUCUUCGACUUCGCCCCUCGGCCCAGUCAUGCUCCAUCCGUCUGCCCAUGCUUUCGGGGUUCAAGACCGACUAUCUCGACGAACUGAGGGACACUAUGGGGGGAUGCAACCUGCACAUCCCCGUUGAGUUUGAUGACGGCGUUACCUGGUACGCUCGUGUCCGCCUCCAGCACGGCCUCUGCUCGCGCGACGAGAUGCGCCUCGUCAUGCACAGCGAAUACACGACGAUGAAGAUGAUGAAGGAGAUUGCGCCAAAGUACGUCCCCGACGUGUGGAUGCCGGAACAACCAGACGCCAUCGAGUACUUUUUCGUGGAGCGCGUCGACAACGCGUCGUGCCCAAAGAUUGUUCUCUCUGGGACAGGGCGUCAGACAACCAAGGCGAUCCACGACAUUGCCGACUACCUCCUCCAAGUGGCCAAGCGACCAUUCCCAGCCAUUGGCAGCCUGUACCCGCGUCAAGGCGAGGGUGCGCAAGAAGGUGUCCCCGUGUCGGACACUUCUGUACUCGCGUUCUCAGUCGACAUCUGGAGCACCGGCCUUAUCCGAUUCGGGCCCUUUGCCACCAGUGGCGACGCCUACUCGACCCGGAUCAGCUGCUAUAUCCAGCUUUUGGAGACGAGCACCGAACCAAUGCCAGACCGCGUCUUCACCUACCUCAUCUCCCUGGAGAUGUUGGCGUUGAUCGCCCAAUGCCCCGAAAUGGCCCAAAGCGGUCCUUCGUACCUCAAACAUUGCGACGACCACCUAGGCAACCUCUUGCUACGGAACGACGGGUCCCUGGCGGCGCUGAUUGACUGGGAGUACGCCUCAACUGCCCCGCUAGACGAGGCGUUUGUUGCUCCGUGGUGUCUCCUCGACUGGCCACGCUUCAAGGCAGGAAACAACCACCUCAGCCUCGGCGAGAAACAGCUGCACGACAUCUUCCUCGAGCACGGUCGCGCCGAGCUCGCGAACGCCGUCACGGCUGGACGCAAGUACCACCGUCUGCGGCAAAUCAUCGAGUUUGAGCCCGAUGGCAUCACUCUCGAGACUCUGUGGGCGCUGCGCACUGCCUUUCUCGGCGAAGAAGGUGCUGGGCCACGGCCCGAGGACGUGAACGAGUGGCUCCAGCUCGCCAUGGAGCGGUACGGCAACGACCCGGGCCUGGACCGCGUCUUUGAUAUUAUCGUCACGAGCGCAUGGUCAGUGGCAAAGGACACUGAGGCGGCCGCCCAGUCUGCCCAGCUCGUGGCAGGCGAACUUCAAUGUGCCAUGGUCGCCAACUCGCAGUGUCCCAGCGGACCAUGGCCGCCGUGGGCCAUCGACCAUCCCGUCGGGUUCGGCGUCCGUGUGCGCCUCUUCAACGCCGUCAAAGUGCCGCGCCUACGCACAGUCGUCACCGCCGCCCGUGCCGCGGCUGACAAUGCCCGCGUCCACGCCGCCAAAGCAGCGGGAUACAGCGCCGAGGCCCGCGGCGCGUACGACGCACUCCAGGCGGCCAUGCUGAGCGUGCACGAGUUGGGGUUCAGUGGUGAAAUCCUCAAGGGCAAGUAUGUCGACAGGUCGCUCAGCUACGACCCUGUGAUUGCCAGCGUGCGCUGGACAGCCCUCGUCAAUGUCCUGGGCGACGCUGCGAAUGCGACCGAGGCGGCGGCCCAAAAGGCAGAAGAAGCGUUGGGGAGGUCGCCUCAGGAAGGAGGCUCGCCCCACCCUUCUCCAACAAGUCUCGUGCCCGUCACCCCUCCCGAGUCCAACGCCGAGAGCGGAGAGGGUGGCAACAGCGACGAACACCUUCCUUGGAGCACCGAGGUUGGAGCUCAAGACCCGUACCAUAAAGUGCUCGAUGAUCUUCGCGAGAAGGAGAAGAAGGACGAGCAGAUGGAGAAGGAUGUUGCCGACCUCGUCAAGCGCUUCCAGUCGGAGGACUAG